GAAAAGAAAGAAGUAAAGUCCACAUCACCGUAAUUUCGCCUGCUCAGCCGAACAGGGUUUAACCACCGUUGUUGAGAUUACUGGUUGACCUCCGCAAGAAAAAGCAUGCUUCUCUCGCCGGCGCCGCCACCAUCAUCGAUCACUAAACCACCGAUGCUUCUCCUUUCACCACGUCCAACUUUCCUGUACACCACCACUUCCGCCUCCAAAAUCCCAACUCUUCGUCAGCCAUGGAAACCAUUACCCAUCCUUUCGCAUUUCCCCACUUCACGAAAACCCCCACAGAAAUUACUCCCAACUGUACCCUAUUUUCCCAUCGUUUCUGUAGGUAGCGGUGGUGGUUCCAGUGGCGGCGGCGGUUUAAGUAAUUGGUGGGGGCGGUGGUCUGGUGACGGUGAUGACGAUGAUAACAACGAAAAUGAAAACGAAGAUGAAAAUUCACAUAUAAAGCGUGUUCUCUUCUAUGUAUUACUCUCUUCACUAUGCUUCGCUUUCCUCUUUCAAUCCGCUUCUCGAGCAUACGCAAUUGCUUCCGGGACUGAAAACAGUACUACCGAUGAAGAAGUUAUCUGGGAAGUGAAAGGAGGUAAACGAACAAAGCUCAUUCCAGACCAUUUCAGAGACGUGUUUGUUGUUCCGCCUGUAACAUGGGCUUGGUGGCCAUCGCCAUCAUCUUCAAAAGCUUCAUCGACAUUGUCCUUUGGAGACAUAAUUCCGAAUAUGUGGGUUCAAUGCAGGGAGCUCUUCAUGCGUUUGAUGCUCCCUGAAGGGUUUCCAAACAGUGUUACUAGCGAUUACUUGGAGUAUUCUCUCUGGAGAGGCGUUCAGGGAAUCGCCGCUCAAGUUAGUGGUGUUCUAGCCACACAAUCGUUGUUAUACGCUGUUGGAUUGGGGAAAGGGGCGAUUCCAACUGCUGCAGCUGUAAAUUGGGUGCUCAAAGAUGGAAUUGGAUACCUAAGCAAAAUCUUUUUGUCAAAAUUUGGGCGACAUUUUGAUGUGAAUCCAAAGGGAUGGAGAUUGUUUGCUGAUUUCAUGGAAAACGCUGCUUUUGGUAUGGAAAUCUUGACUCCUGCUUUCCCUCAUCUUUUUGUCUCCAUUGGUGCUGCUGCUGGAGCAGGGAGAUCUGCAGCUGCACUUAUUCAGGCUGCUACAAGGAGCUGUUUCUAUGCAGGAUUUGCUGCUCAAAGGAACUUUGCUGAGGUAAUAGCAAAGGGAGAAGCUCAGGGAAUGGUGAGCAAAUCUAUUGGAAUAAUGCUUGGAAUUGCAUUAGCAAAUUGCAUACAAUCUUCAACGCCUUUGGCUCUUGCUACUUUUGCUGUAGUAACUGGGGUCCACAUGUUCUGCAAUCUCAAAUCUUAUCAAUCCAUUCAACUAAGGACUUUGAAUCCUUAUCGAGCAAGCUUGGUUUUUGGUGAAUAUCUGCUAAGUGGUCUUAUUCCUUCGGUCAAAGAAGUCAAUGAUGAAGAACCCUUUUUCCCUGCUUUCCCACUUCUCAGUUUGAAGCCAGCUGGCAAAGCGGAAGAGCAUAGAGUACUGUCAACAGAAGCUAAAGAUGCUGCUGCUACAAUCGAGCAACGUCUAAUGCUCGGAUCAAAGCUCUCAGAUAUUGUGAAAAACAGAGCAGAUGCACAUUCAUUGCUUCACUUGUAUACAAACCAAGGCUACAUUUUGACUCACCAUCAUGGCAAAUUUUGUGUGAUACUGAAAGAUAUAUGUACGCCACAAGAUAUGCUAAAGUCAAUGUUCCAUGUGAGUUACCUCUACUGGUUGGAGAAAAACGUUGGUUUGAAAUCUAUAAGCACCAAUGACGAUUGUACACCUGGCGGAUUGCUACAAAUAUCUUUAGAAUAUGUAGAAAGAGAAUUCAAUCAUGCUAAACAUGAUGGGGAAGUUGCGGGUUGGGUAACCGAUAGCCUUGUAGCUAGGCCUUUACCUCAUAGAAUUCGUGUAGAUUCUUGAUUCUUGAUUCAAUGUCUUCUAAUAACGUAUAGAAAAAAAAAAGAUAGUUGUUGAAAAAUGUGUAGAGGAUUUGAAGAAAAAGAUUGUAGAGGGAUUGUGCAAGUUGAAACGAUUAAUCACAUUGUGUUAUUUGCUAGGCAG